AUGUGCACUGGCAUGGAAACUAAAAUCAGCUGCAACCUGCCCAACGAGAACAUCACUGGCUACAUAAGUCGCCCAGGAGAUAUCAUCAUAGGGGGGACAUUUCCAGUUCAUUUCCAAAUAACAUACAGCGAUUUUCAUUUCACCAGCAAACCCCCGGAGCUUCAGUGCCAGCUGAUCUCAUCUGAGUUCUACCUGAGCCUGCAGGCCCUUAUAUUUGCUGUGGAAGAAAUUAAUGCCAAUCCAGAGCUCCUUCCCAAUGUUACACUGGGCUUCCAGAUUUUUGACACAUGUAAAACAUUGCAGCGAGCAGCACAGGCAACACUAUUAAUGCUCUCAGGAGGAAAGGAAAUGACCCCAAAUUAUCAUUGUUAUAAAGGUGCCCCUCUUGCUGGUAUUGUUGGUGAUCCUGCAUCCAAAAGAACCAUUCUCAUGGCCCAAAUCUUGGGAUUGUACCGAUACCCACAAGUGAGUUAUUUAGCAACCAGCCCUAUUCUCAGCGAUCGGAACCUGUUUCCUUCCUUUUUCCGUACUGUGCCUAGUGAUGAAUUUCAAAUGAGAGGUCUUGCUCAGCUUGUCUCUCAUUUUGGUUGGUCUUGGUUGGGCCUCCUUGCUAAUGAUGAUGACUAUGGGCAAUUCGGACUUCAAAUAGUAAAACAGGAGAUAAUAAAGGCUGGAGCUUGUGUGGCCUUUGCUGAGAAUAUACUGACCAGUAAGCCUGACAGGAAUGCUCCUCAUAUCACACGAUUGAUAAGGAUGUCCACUGCAAAGGUUAUCAUUGUGAUAACAUCUGAUUCCGACUUUCUAAUUGUGGUGGAAGAGAUGUUAAGGCAAAAUGUGACUGGGAACACUUGGAUAGCCAGUGAUGCUUGGGCAACUUCAACUUUACUUUCUAAUAGAAGAUUCCAGGGGAUUUUAUCUAGUACUAUUGGUUUUGCCAUAUAUCAUGGGCAGAUGCCACUGUUUAAUGAGUAUCUCAACAGCCUAAGUCAAUCCCAUCUUCAUGAUUUAUUCAUGAUGGAACUGUGGGAGCAAACUUUCUCUUGCAAGUGGCUAGAUCAGGAGAAAUUUCAUGCCUUGAUGGCCAAUGGAACAAUGAAAGCAUGUACAGGAGAAGAAAAGCUGGAGAGUCUGAUGAUGGAAUUAGAGCAUAGAGUAUCUCUACAUGUUUACACUGCUGUUUAUGCCAUUGCCUGGGCAUUACAUAAUAUGCUUUAUUGUACACAUGGAUAUGGAGCAUUACAUGCUGGAACCUGUGCCACUAUUUCCUCAUUUUACCCAUGGCAACUUCUCCAUUAUGUUAGAAAUGUAAACUUCAAGACCAAAGAUGGGAGCCACGUAUUCUUUGAUGCCAAUGGAAACCCUCCAGCUAUGUAUGACAUUGUAAAUUGGCGUGUGAGUGCCAAUGGCUCACUGGAGAAGGUUACAGUUGGAAAGUUUGAGUUAAACAGCCCUGAUGGGACAAUUUUCAAUGUAUAUGGUGCUGAAAUUAUAUGGAACAACCACACACAGGUUCCUCUAUCCAAGUGCAGCCCAAGUUGCCCUUCAGGAUCUAGGAAGGUGAUAGUACCAGGAAAACCCCUUUGCUGCUAUGAGUGUGCCCGGUGUCCCCAGGGACAGAUUUCAAAUAUGACAGAUGCUGUGGAAUGUCAUCCAUGUUCCUGGGACACAUGGCCCAAUCUACAACAGGACAGAUGCUUACCAAGAGCUGCAGAGUUUCUUUCCUAUGAUGAGCCCUUGGGUUAUAGCUUAGCAGUCAUCUCCAGCUUAUUUUCAUUGACCCCAAUUACUAUAUUGGGAGUUUUUAUUUGUUAUAAGAAAACACCAAUAGUUCGAGCCAAUAACUAUUUCCUUAGUUGCCUUCUCCUGUUCUCCCUGUUCCUCUGUUUCCUUUGCUCUUUAGGUUUUAUUGGUUACCCACAACCCGAAAAGUGCCUUCUGCGCCAGGUGGCAUUUGGGAUGACUUUCACCUUCUGCAUCUCCUGUGUUUUGGCCAAAACCAUCACUGUUGUCAUUGCCUUUAAUGCAACCAAACCAGGCAGCAGGUUAAAGAGGUGGACAGGGGUAAAAGUGUCCUACUGUGUCCUUUUGGUUUGUACUUUAAUCCAAACCUUUUUGUGUGUAAUGUGGCUGAUCCUCUCUCCUCCAUUCCCUGAAUUCGAGACAGACAAAAAACCUGGAGUUAUUAUCAUUAAUUGUAAUGAAGGAUCUUCCAUAGCUUUCUGGUGCAUGCUGGGAUAUCUUGGACUUUUGGCGACCAUCAGUUUCAUUGUUGCCUUCCUGGCCAGACGUCUCCCUGACAGUUUUAAUGAAACCAAAUUUAUCACAUUCAGUAUGUUGGCUUUCCUCAGUGUCUGGGUGUCCUUUAUCCCAGCCUAUCUCAGUGCACGGGGCAUGUAUACUGUGGCAAUGGAGGUCUUUGCCAUUCUGUCUUCCAGCUUGGCUGUGGUGAUCUGUAUAUUCUUGCCAAAAUGUUUCAUUGUCUUGUUCAGGCCCAAACUGAACUCUCGAGAGCAUCUCAUGGGAAAAAGCAGAGGUAAAAAAUAA